GAAAAAUAAACUGUGAACUAGUACAAUCAAUUCAGCCAAAAAAAACAGGCCUUUAAUAUUCGAGCGGGAGAAGCAGAUUUCAUUUGGGCCACUGUGAUAUUUAAUUUUUUAUUUCAGUUUGAUUUAUGCUAAUUUUAUCAGAAAAUGGGCGAGAACGUGCAAGGGACGUUUGUGUCUGAGAAAAUUUCCAAAAUACGAUGGCAGUACGGAAAUUUUUCGGAAGCGAGGAAUUUCUUAACCGGCAGUUGGGAUAACUCGGUAAAUAAAAUAACGUAUUGGACAUUUAGAACAAAUUACGACGAGGAAUUAUAUCCUGUAGUUUUGUCAUCAUACUCAUUCCUUGGAGAUGUUACUGAACUAAAGUUUAUCAACAAAGAUUUUUUCGUUGCUUCCUCAUCUUUAGGCUCAAUAAGAUUGCUGCAAGUUGAUGAGGAUACUUGUAUUGAAUUUAAGGAACACAUGGCAUGGGAGUUUAUACAUAGCUUCAAAACAACAGAUUAUGCCUCUUGUACUGCAUUGUCUACCUUUGAACAAGACAUAGCGUCAGUAGGAGAAGAUGGAAAGCUUAAUCUUCUUACAGCUGCAGAGAAGAAACCAGUUAGAAUUAUCGAAAAUGCUGAUAGUUGCUCCAUAUAUUGUGUCGAUUUUUUAAAACACAAUGAAGUGCUUACGGGAAAUUCAAGAGGACAUAUGAAAGUUUGGGAUCUGAGAAACGAUCGAGAUAUACCUGCAACUACUUUUAUGCUCUCUGAUCAAGUUAAAACAGCAGCUACAAGUAUUACACAUCAUCCUACACAAAGGCAUAUUGUGGUCGCUGGUGGAGAUGAUGGUGGUUUAACCGUGUGGGAUUUGAGACAGAAUACUUAUCCAAUGUCGCAACUUAAUGCACAUAGCAAAGCUGUCAGUGAGAUACUAUUUCACCAAGACAGACCCGACAAUCUUUUUACUUGUUCCGUCAGUGGAGAAUUAUGGCAUUGGAACAAUGCACAAAGUUCAAAAUUGAAACUCGAUUCCACAGACAUGCAUUGGUUGAAUACAAUUAGUACAAAUGGAAAAGUUAACGUGACUUCAUUGUGUGCUGCUAUGCAUAAGCCAAUAAAUAGCAUCGACAUCAAUAGAUCAACGCUGCUUUUUGGAUGUGACAAUGAAGCUAUAUAUAUUGUAAGAAAUGUACUUAUUUAAUAAUAA